AUGAAGUGCUUUCUACUAACCAUCACACUCUUGGGAGCACUUUCUUAUGCUGUACCUGUACUUCAAGAAGCUGAACAAGUUUCAGAAAAGGACAUAGACUUUGCAAAGAAAUACAUAGAAAAAUACUAUUAUGAAUCAGACCAAGUGCCUGUCUUUGGAACCAGAAGCAGAAGGAGUAUUCCUACUGAAAAAUUACAACAAAUGCAAGAAUUGUCUGGACUGAAAGUGACAGGCAAACUAGAUCCAAACACUUUGGCAGCAAUGAAGAAAUCCAGAUGUGGGGUUCCUGAUAUAGGAGAAUACAGAACUUUCCCCUUUUCUCCAAGAUGGGGAAAGAAAAACUUAACAUAUAGUAUUCAGAACUAUACACCAGAUAUGGAGCCUGCAGAUGUAGACAAUGCAAUUGAGAGAGCCUGGAAAAUGUGGAGUGAUGUGACACCAUUGACCUUCACCAGGGUUUAUAAUGACUCUGCAGAUAUAAGGAUCUCUUUUGUUACCGGAGACCAUGGUGACCAUCGUUCCUUCAAAGUAUAUAAACACCUGGCACAUGCAUUUUCACCUGCAUAUGGUGGUGAAGUCCAUUUUAAUGAGGAUGUUCUCUGGUCAAAGGAUUUGAAAGGAAUUAAUCUUUUUAUUGUUGCUGCACAUGAAUUUGGCCACUCACUCGGUCUUUAUGAUUCUGAUGUUGUGGAUGCUCUGAUGUUUUCGUUCUACAAACCUAGUGAUCCCCAAAACCUGAGGCUUCAUCGUGAUGACAUUGAAGGCAUCCAAUAUCUUUAUGGAACCCCGGGAGAUGACAGUGGUGAGACAAAAAAACAUACACCACCAGUAAAUAUUUCAGAAGAGGCAACAUCAACAGAAUUGUGUGACCCUCAGUUGGCCUUUGAUGCUGUUGCUAAUGUCCGGGGGGAGACCUUAUUCUUUAAAGACAGCUUCAUAUGGCGGAAGUUUCCUCAGAAGAAAGUAAUUGAAAAAUCAUUUAUUUCCUCCUUCUGGCCAGCUUUGAGAAAGGACAUAAAUGCUGCCUAUGAAAUUGAAGAGGAGGAUAUAGUCUAUUUGUUUAAAGGAACUAAAUAUUGGGCUACCAGGGCAAAUAUUAUUGAACCAGGUUUCCCAAGAAACAUCCACAGGCUCGGUUUCCCAAAAAGUGUUAAGAAAAUUGAUGCAGCUGUUUAUGAUGAAACCACAAAGAAAACAUACUUCUUUUCAGGUGACAAGUAUUGGAGAUACAGUGAAACCACAAAGACUAUGGAAAGGGGAUAUCCAAGGCAGAUAGAAGCUGACUUCCCAAACAUUGGCUCUAAAGUGGAUGCUGCCUUUCAACAAGAUGGACGCCUGUAUUUAUUCAAUGGCUCAAAGCAAUAUGAGUUUGACAGCAGAAGCAAAAAAAUUUUGGGCAGGAAAAAGGCUAACAAUUGGCUUGGCUGCAUGACACCUAAGAAGAAUUAAAAAAAAUAAUGAAGAAUAAUGGCAUCUUCCUUCAACCAACACAUGCCUUUGUUUUGGUUAUUGGCAUUA